GCGUACGUGCGGCAACCGACUCCGCCCAGCGAGGCGGAGCCUAGGGAAGCCGCGGGCGGCCGGCCGCGGUCCUGGAGCUGCUGCUGCUGCUGCUGCGGCGGCUGCACCGGCGGCGCCGAGGCCGAGGUAGAGGCCGGGGUGCGCGCUUAGCAAACGUGCCGUAUCCGUGCGGCUUGGCUGCGCCAGCCCUUGCGGCCACCCGGGCGUCUAGGCGGGUCUGUGCGCCGCCCCGGCGAGGAUGCGGCUGUUCCGGUGGCUGCUGAAGCAGCCGGUGCCCAAGCAGAUCGAGCGCUACUCGCGCUUUUCGCCGUCGCCGCUCUCCAUCAAACAGUUCCUGGACUUCGGGAGAGAUAAUGCAUGUGAGAAAACUUCAUAUAUGUUUCUACGAAAGGAACUUCCUGUGCGGCUGGCUAACACAAUGAGAGAAGUUAAUCUUCUGCCGGAUAAUUUACUUAACCGCCCUUCAGUGGGAUUGGUUCAGAGUUGGUAUAUGCAGAGUUUUCUUGAACUUUUAGAAUAUGAAAAUAAGAGCCCUGAGGAUCCACAGGUCUUGGAUAACUUUCUACAAGUUCUGAUUAAAGUCAGAAAUAGACACAAUGAUGUGGUUCCUACAAUGGCACAAGGAGUGAUUGAAUACAAGGAGAAGUUUGGGUUUGAUCCUUUCAUUAGCACUAACAUCCAAUAUUUUCUGGAUCGGUUUUAUACCAACCGCAUCUCUUUCCGCAUGCUUAUUAAUCAGCACACACUUCUGUUUGGGGGUGACACUAAUCCUGUUCAUCCUAAACACAUAGGAAGUAUCGAUCCCACCUGUAACGUGGCGGAUGUGGUGAAAGAUGCAUAUGAAACAGCCAAGAUGCUGUGUGAACAGUAUUACCUGGUAGCUCCAGAGCUGGAAGUUGAAGAGUUCAAUGCCAAAGCGCCAGACAAACCUAUUCAGGUGGUUUAUGUGCCCUCACAUCUGUUUCAUAUGCUAUUUGAGUUGUUCAAGAACUCAAUGAGAGCGACAGUCGAACUCUAUGAAGACAGAAAAGAGGGCUACCCCGCUGUUAAAACCCUCGUUACUUUGGGUAAAGAAGACUUAUCCAUUAAGAUCAGUGACCUAGGUGGUGGUGUCCCACUUCGAAAAAUAGAUCGUCUUUUUAACUACAUGUAUUCGACUGCUCCUAGACCCAGCCUGGAGCCUACCAGAGCUGCCCCUUUGGCUGGAUUUGGUUAUGGUUUGCCAAUUUCCCGUCUGUAUGCUAGAUAUUUUCAAGGAGAUCUGAAACUGUAUUCCAUGGAAGGAGUGGGUACUGAUGCUGUCAUUUAUUUGAAGGCUCUUUCAAGUGAGUCAUUUGAGAGACUUCCAGUUUUUAAUAAGUCCGCGUGGCGCCAUUACAAGACCACGCCUGAAGCCGACGAUUGGAGCAAUCCCAGCAGUGAACCCAGGGAUGCUUCAAAAUACAAAGUGAAACAGGACAAGAUCAAGACUAAUAGAACUUUCUAGAGGACUGAAGGCUAUGGUCCUCUCUGUGAAGAAAGAUUGCCUUCUGCAAGUCAACCAGAGAGAACUGCUUUCUCCCACCUGCUCUGAGCGUGGCAUCACAGUUGCUCCUAGUGCUUGAAUAUGUAUUUUCUCUCUACACCUGGACUUUCCCAAAGAGUUUUUCCUGUAGCUGCUCCAGAUCUUCCACUAAAGUAGUAACUUUUUAAUGACAUCUUGCUGUGGUGUGAUUGAUGCCUGUCACCGAAGAGCACAGAGCCUCCUUACAGCUCUUGUGCUCUCAUACUCUCCAUCUUGUUAUCAUAGCGUCUGAUGUCUUCAGUCCUUCCAGGAUUCUGUGCGCCUUUCCCAUUCCAGAUACAGCAAAUCGUACUGUUGCUCCUUGUGACCAAAUAUCAUAUUUGUCCCAAACCUCCAUCUAGGGCCCCAGGACCCUGGAAAUGGAAGACAUCAGCUGGCCAUGCCCUGAUGAUUUAGUCCCAGAGCCCUCCGUCUCUCCCAUGCCUCCCUCCACCACUCUAUGAUUUAGACUUUGGUCUUCUUCCAUCUGAUCGGAUUCUCAUUGUGAGAUGUGCUGACUUUCAUGUUAGAUCUUCUUCAUUGAUGCCUUGGUUUUAUUUUAAAAUUCAUUUGUAUACUUCUGUUGAUUAAAGCAUUCGAAAUGUUAUCUUA